GCCCCUCCUCCGCGUUUCAAACCCAUUCCGUAGUUUCAUCCAUUUUGACAAUUUAAGAAACGAUUAUAUUCUAUACACAGGGUUCUUAAACAGAAUGGGAGGCUGUUCACUAUGGCUUUUGCCGCCAAAGGAUUCCCAGAUAUACAAGACCUUGGCGACACUCAUCCACGACACUGUGCCUGACGAAGUCCAACAUGAUUCCCACUCUGUCGCCGAGCAGACGACUUUUAGCUUUGUCCCUCACUUGACUCUCACAGCAGACAUAUAUCUGAAUGAACACACAGAUUUCCAGAAAUGGAUCGAUACAUUGCCUCUCGACGAUGAUUAUAGUACCCAAGACAGCCCGCAUGCCAAAUCACUCAAAGAUGUACCAAUCAACUUCAAAGACCUUACCGUUGGUGACAAGCUCGUGACUAAGCUUACGCUUGGGGUACACCGCAAUGAGCGUCUUGUAGAGCUAGGAACAAGGUGUCGAGCCAUAGGAGUAUUAAAUGCGCAGACUGCAAGCCUUUCCGGUUCUCAAGACGCAACACAAGAAGAGAAGGAAAAGUGGAAUCAAGCGCGGCAGUGGGCGGAGUCACAUUGGAGGCCACACGUUAGCCUUCUCUACUCUUCCAUGGAAGUAAUUGAACAUGGAAGACGGGCUGUUUUACGUGCCGUGAAGGCUGCAGGGAUUCAAGUCGAGGAGAGAAAUGCCGAUCCAGCUCCAACAGAAAUGUCCUGGAGAGGUGGAAGAAUACAGCUGGUUUCGACAUAUCACAAAAUACAGGACUGGGAAGUUCUUGCCGAGCGAGAGCUUUAAGUGAUUUGAGAUGUCUAUAUAAUUUAUUUUUGCCUCUAUCAAAAGCUUUAGAGAAUUAACUCGAAUCCGCUUUCUCGCCAGCCAUCAUAUCUCGACC